UAAAAAGACCAAUGACGAGCAAGUCACAUUCUCUCUGGUCCUCGGCCUCUCCCCAGCUCCCAUGGAUGCCAUGAACAGAGGCGCAGAGGUCUUGAAGGACCGCUGAUGUCACUCAUUGCAUGGAAAGACAUGCUUGGCGUUGCUUCCACAGAAUCGGGCCUUCCUUCGUAUGGGUGCCUGCAUCCCCAAACAGCUCCCUUCGACACCACUGAGCGUAGACAGCUUACUGAUGGUGCAGAAGAGCUUGGAGUCUGGCAACCGGGAAGCGGAUGAGAUGGCGAGAGCUUGCUUAGACCACGCGCUCCGAGAGUUUCCUCGCGAACCACGCCAACUCCAAGACAAUGCUACCUUGACUGUUCAAGUGAAAGGGAGGGAAAGGAUGGUGUUUGUCUCUGGCACCGGUGAGAACAAGAUAGCCGUCUCUUGGCUAAAGAGGAAAACGUACUAUAGCGUUGAGAUCCCCAAUCUGGACAUGUACUUGGACCGGCUGUCACUCUCCCCACCUCCUCUGACCUCUGAGAACUUGCAGAAGGUGAGGCAGGAGCUCAUGAAGUGGGAUGAGGCCACCAAGGAACUCUGUGCUUGCCUGGACGUUGCCCUGCUGGAGACCGAGAAGGAACCAUCUUCAGUGAUGGAUGAUGCUCAACUGACGAUUCAGUGCGGUGGUUCCUGCUUGGAUUUCAUUUCUGGGAAAGGACGGUCCCACAUCUACAUCCUCUAUACGGAAAGGCAACCUCGGUACAGGGUUCGCGUUCCCUGUGUGGAUGUUUAUUUCGACCGACUGAGCUGUCGCCCCAUGCCGCUCACCACAGAGAACUUGCUGAAAAUGUGGAAAGAAAUCGAGAACUUGAAAGGAUGUACGGUGGACCUCCGGGCCUGCCUGAAGCGAGCCAUGCAAGAAUUUAAUGCUUUGUCCCCACAACGCCGGGCAAAUGCCACUGUCUUCAUCGACUGUGACGGGAAGAACUUCAAGAUAGUUUCCGGGCAUGGAGAAAGCUGGAUCUCUAUUUUCAACAUUGUUGGAGACCAACAUUGUCGGAGGGAAGUAGUUCUUGCUUUGGGGGACAGGCCUUCGUCCAGCAGAGCAACGAGGUCACUGGGUGGAAGAUCUGGGAAAGAAGGGACAUCCUUUCGAGUGAGGAGAUCGGAAGGGAAGAGAGGGGCGGAGGAGGGCCCAUCCAAUCAGGCAAGGAGGAUGUCCAAUAGACCCCCUGAGCUGUCAGAUGAGAAAAGCUCUAAAAGAUGGCCACCCGAUGUGGUUGAGUUAAAAGUAUUCACGUCAGACGGCAGGAAAGAAGAGGAAGAAACAACAUCAUUUGGAGGAAGGACAUUGUCAGGUGGCAGGAAGACGGACACGGGGCCAUCCAGUAGUUCUAAGGCAAUGGGAAAAGAACAUCCUUUUGGGUUAAAGGUAUCCACCAAGAGAAGAAAAAUGUCUGGCGAGACAGGAAUGGAGAUUGAUGGACCAGUGGAUUUACCCAGUGGAACAGCAACAGAAGAAGUAUACUUCUCCGGGAAGAGUGAGGAGAUGCCGAAAGGAGAAGAACCAGCCCAUGCAGCACAGGAUGAUGAUGAAGAGUCUCCUGAUUUUCCAGAGGUGUCUUCAAGUAAUCCACAGGGAAAUACUGGUCCAGAAAGGUGAUGCUUCAUGGAGGACAAGAGAGUGUGAUGGAUCUGUCCCAAGGCAGAGCAAAGGCCAGUUCUUGCCCUUGGAUUGACAUGGAUCUUGUCCAGAAACAGGACAUUGUUUUUUUGGAUUGGGAAGCUGGCAGGCUGGUCCACUGAAAGGACUGUUGUGAGAAAGAUACCAAAUAAAUGAUCUAUGGAC